AGCGCGGAGGCCGGGCAGCAUGGAGGACGCGCGGCCCGGGUGGCCCCGGCGCGGUGGCGGGGGCGCGCAGCACGGGCCGGCGGAGGGGUCGGCGCGCCUGAAGCGCGGGGACGCGGACGACGGCGGCGCGGGCUGCUGGUGCUGGAGGCGGCUGUUCCGGCGCGGCGCGGCCCGCGGCUGGCGCAGGAAGGCCAAGCGCGCGCGCGGCCGGGCGGUCUCGGAGCGCGGCCUGUGGGCCCAUCCGCGCGUGCAGAGGCUGCUGCAGCGGCUGGCGGCCUGGAGGCGGCGCUACCUGCGGUGCGGGGAGCGGCCCGAGCGGCUGGAGGAGAUCCCGCUGCUGGCGCUGGAGCGCGCGACCAGCCGAGACUAGGCCGCGGGCGGCCGCCAGGAUACCCACCCCCACCCCGGACCGCCCCGUGCGCCCACAGCUUUGGUUCGGUUGUGAUGGACAAAAGGCGAGGAAUGACAAUAAACCCGACGCCACGGGAAUGAGAGAACGCGGGGUCUUUGGGGCCGGGCGCCUGCCACCUGGCGUCCUCGCACGCGUUUUCGGGGACGAAAAGGUUUCGGGUCAGCGCGCCGUUCCUAGGCCGCAGGGCCUCGGGCCUCGAGGCGAAGGAAAGCCAGGGAGGCGCCGCAGGGGCCACGCAACCUCGGGGGGGGGGGGGCUCGCCAUCCCGCCCCCGCCCUGGGGGCCCCGCACCCUCCUGGGACCUCGUAUCCCUCUGGGGUUCAAUACCUUCUUGGAGCCUUGCACCCUCCAGGGGCCUAGCAGUAUGUCCCCCACCCCCACCCCCUUCACCCUGGGGACCUCGCACCCUCCAGGGACCUCCUAUCCCCCUGGGGCCCUGCACCUUCCCGGAGCUCUGCACCCACCAGGGGAGUUACACCACCCCCUGCACCCUCCAGGGACCCCACAACCUCCUGGGGUCCCGCACCCCGUGUUGCGCCUUCUGGGCCUGGACAACCCCUGGGAAGGGGUGAGAGCCGCAGAAGUCACAGCCCUUGGGGGAUUAAAAAAAAAAAAAAAAAAAAAAGGUUUCGUUUGUUUUUAAGUAGGCUUCACGACUAGCACGGAGUCCAAGGCAGGGCUUGAACUCAGAACGUUGAACUCAAGACCUGAUCAAGAGUCUGUAGACUGAGCCACCCAGGCGCCCCAUUUUUGUUUUAAACGGAUUGCUGAGCUCUUCACCCCGCAUGGACGUGCUCAAACUCUUUUAUUUUUUUUUGUUUACAGGCAUUUGUGAGCUUCUGUAAACCGACACGAAAACCAAGGUUUGGGGUUUGCAUGCAGGGAGUUUGAAAACUAGUGAUGGGAGAUGAAAGAGGAAAGGGAGAGGAAUCCGGGAGACUCCUGGGUGGGUCUAUAAUUUCUUCCUUUUUCCUCAUCAAUAAAAACCUGCUAAUGAUA